UUCGAGGGCUGCUCGAAGGCCUACUCGCGCCUGGAGAACCUGAAGACGCACCUGCGGUCCCACACCGGGGAGAAGCCGUACGUGUGUGAGCACGAGGGCUGCAACAAGGCCUUCUCCAACGCCUCGGACCGCGCCAAGCACCAGAACCGCACCCACUCCAACGAGAAACCCUACAUCUGCAAGAUCCCAGGCUGCACCAAGCGCUACACGGACCCCAGCUCUCUCCGGAAGCACGUGAAAACCGUGCACGGCCCAGACGCUCACGUCACCAAGAAGCAGCGCAACGACGUGCACCUCCGCGCCCUGUUGCUCAAGGAGAAUGGGGACCCUGAGGCCGGCACUGAGCCCGGCGGCCAGCGCUCCGAGGAGAGCGCUGAGGCCAGCAGCACCAGCCAGUCCGCUGAGGACUGCCUGCACGUCAAAGCCAUCAAGACCGAGAGCUCCGGGCUGUGCCAGGCCAGCCCUGGGGCCCAGUCAUCCUGCAGCAGCGAGCCCUCUCCCUUGGGCAGCGCCCCCAACAAUGACAGCGGGGUGGACCUGCCGGGGACGGGGCCUGGAAGCUUGGGAGACCUGACAGCGCUGGAUGACACGCCCCCGGGGGCCGACACCUCAGCCCUGGCCGCCCCUUCCGCCGGCGGCCUGCAGCUGCGCCAACACAUGACCGCCAUGCACCGGUUAGAGCAACUCAAGAAGGAGAAGCUCAAGUCGCUUAAAGAUUCCUGCUCGUGGGCCGGGCCAGCUCCACACCCCCGGAACCCCAAGCUGCCUCCCCUCCCGGGAAGUGAGAUCGCCUGGGCCGCUGACAGCUGCCUCACCAAGGUCACCCUUCCCAGGGUGGCCUCCAUCCAGGGACCGAUCACUGCCAGAGU